AUGCAUAGGACAUCAACCGGAUGGAAAAGCAUGAAUUCUCCGUCUCCAAACACGAAAGACAACAUCGACAGGCAGGCAGAUUGCGUCGCUCGUAAUGGUCCAGAGUUUGAGGAGGUCGUGAAGAGAAGGAACAAAAAAUUUGAUUUUUUGCAGCCACAUCAUCGCCACCACGCUUACUAUGUUUCGAGGAAAAAAAUGUUUAUUGAUAAAAUGCAGGAAACAAAAACUGCUGAAAACAAUAAAAUCGAAAUUGCAAAAUACAAUUUCACCAUAAAAUCAGCCAGCAAUCUAACUAAGCCUCCUUCGUGGGUUGAUGAUGACAAGAAUGGUGACGAAAGACGAAAAUUGGUGUUACUUACACCUCCAAGCAAAAGUGUUCCUGAAAACACAAAAAUAUGUGGAACAAAAAUAGAAAUGAAAAAAGUUCCACCUCCACGUUCACCUUCCAGAUCGAGAUCAAGUAGCUCAUCUACAAACACUUCACCUUCCAGGUCAAGAUAUUCUUCAUCUUCUAGAUCAAGAUCAAGAUCAAGCAGAAGAAAGUCUCGUCAUAGGUCAAGGUCGUGUACAAAAUCUAGAAGAAACUCAAGUUCUAGAUUAAGGUCCAAGUCACAGAACAGAGCCAGAAAAAGAUCCAGAUCUAGAAGUUCUGAAAAAAAUGGAUCAAGAAAAAAAUUCAAACGCUCUUCAUCUGACAAGAGAUCGCCAUCCCCAAAACGACACAGAUCAAGAUCGAGAAGAUCUUCAAAAACUCAAUCAAGAUCGAAUAGAAAAUUGAAAAGAAGAUCCUACGUUCCAGAUCUUGGUCCAAGUUAUGGACCCCUUCAAGUCGUGGCUGGUCAAACAGAGCUAGAAUACGAUAGAGAUUUAUGA